AUGGGCUGCCUAUGUAGCAAACAAAAGCCUGUCAGGACAUCUGAUGCUGAAGAAAAUGCAAAGGUGAAAGGUUCAUCCUUUACUCAUAUGAUUCUAUAGUGCCUUACGAAGCUUGUAGCCAAAUAAAAUUACAAAAUAUGUUCAACAAAGACAUUCCUGGACUUAAAAGUUUUUGUUAUCCUGGUCAUUCACUGUAUUUGUACGUUUUAAUUUCCAGGCUGCUGAGGUAGAGAAACGCAUUGCGCAAGAGGCCAAGGCAGAAGAACACAUCCAGAAAGUAUUAUUGCUCGGUAAUUCUUGUCAAAUAGGAAUUUGAUAAUCCUUUGAUGAAAAGCUUACUGGAAUGUUAAAUAAAUGUUUACUCUCUACGAUUUUAGUUUCUUUUCUUCAUUGAUGUUAAGCUUACUACUUGACUUUCAAUUUUUUAAUACGAGUAAUUAAUUAUUCUUAAUCCUGGAGGACUUAUAAAGCUUACUUUAUAUUUUAUCACCAGUGUAAACUCUUGAGUUCUUUUUUUUCUGGAAGUGCGCCACUAUUAAAUAGUCUAGCCCUGCGUCAAUUGACUUAUACCUUACUUAAGAAUGAUCGAUGAUGACUUUAUGGGGUAAUUGAUUCCGCACACACGCAUGACAAUUUUCCAGUGUUUGAGAUUUUUUUCUAUUUUCUGAUCUUCCAUUACUUCAGGGGGUGGAGAAAAUCAGGAAAGUCAACUAUAUUUAAGCGGGUUGGUGUAGCUAAAUUAAUAUUACACGGGAUCAAUCUACAGAUAAGACUCCUCUUUCAAACUGGAUUUGAUGAGGCUGAACUUCGGAGCUACAUACCAGUUAUUCAUGCUAAUGUAUUUCAGACAGUUAAAGCAUGCAAUUCUGAAAAGGGCGUGUUUUGUUUUGUUUUUACGUUAUCAGUACCGUUGUGUUCGUAGCGUCUGCUAUUGGGAACCAUUGGGGCGUUAUGCAAUCUAAUGAUCCAUAGAAUGAUAUUUUCCUUGAGCAUUAAUGGAUUGUCUUCUGCAGAUACUGUAUGAUGGAGCUAAGGAAUUUACACAAAAUGAAAAUGAAAAUAAGAUUUGAUUAUCCCUAUGCUUGUUAAUUUGCUCAUCAUUCCCUUUCAUUUAAAAUCAUAAACAGUUUAGGCUGAAAAUUAUCAUUUUGCUAUUGCUCUUUAACCAAACAUGGCGUGCCCAUGAACUAAUAAUGCACGGCUCACAUGACAGACUUGUCCUGAGAGAAAAACUAUGGUCGUUCCAUAUCAGCCGCUCUAAAUUCUGGAAAGUUUCCAUCUUUUCCUUUUUUUCCCUGAGUGCUUUAUGACCCCUGCACGGAAUCUGAAGAACAUUCUCCGGGCCAGUCACACAACAGGCCAGAGAUUUUAGAUCCAAACCAAUCUGUGGGUCAGUUCUGAUGGUGCUCAGUCUGAGCUGGUCUGAUGGGACCGAUAGUAUUUACUUGCAUAAUUUUUUUCAGCCUCAACUUAGAUGAAAGGGGACAUGUUUGUAAUCCCGCGGUAUAGACAACAUGUCAUUGUUUGUAUUAGCCUCACAGUCUACUCAUAGUAUGGCUUCCAAGUUGGUACCCAUUAGCUGUGAUGUUAAUGAAAGUUCUUCAUUGUAUCUGAAAUUGGGGGUAGAUUGGACUACCCUUGCCUUACAAUGGAGCUUGCAAACGAGAUAGAAUCUCUGUGGAAUGAUACUGCAAUUCAGGUUCUCGUUUCAUUCUUAUUCAUUUCCUGCAACGGGGAGCUCACAUGAGCGCUUUCCCUGGUUUUGAUAUAAUGGCUCUCUGUCGCCAGAGAAAUGAGCCUUUUCUCGGUUUUGAAUGGUCUCACUUGCUUCAAGUUCCAGACUGUGCCCAAUAUUCAUGAAGAAUUUGCGCCGAGUCUCUGAUGCGAAUUAUGUCCCAACCAAGGUCCAAGAUUCAGGGCUGUUGAAAUUUCCUUCUGGCUCAGGAAUCUGAUGCUUUCAAUGCAUCUUUAGUGUUACGAAUGUCUGACUUUGCAUCAUACGUGGUGCUCACUAUUCCGCGUUAUCUUCUUAAUAUCAUCCAUCCUACGGUAAGGAGAACCAUUUCUUUUUCACAGAAAACUGUUGUAAAUUCAUUCCAUUUUUGCUGUGGAUAUUACGGUAUUUAGCAGACGAGGUUAGCUUAUUUAUGCAGAUCUCCUCACUUCCGCAGAAAUAUUUCCAUGGAGGGAAGUGAAUCUCGGUGUUCAGUGAGGAAAAGCAAGGGCUAAUGUGGAAAGUCGUCUUCUUGAUUCAGUAGAUUUUUUUUUCUUCUUGUUUGAAACUUAUAAUUCGGCGGAGAGUCACCAAUAAUCGCCGCAGGAACAACACCCACUAGAGAAGGCGUGGAAGCGAGCCUUGUCUCUCACUAGGAUCUCCCGAUGGAAGACCAGGGAGAUGGCCUUCAUGGCCGAGUGACAGUCCUCACAAAUCCUUAGGUUCUUCACGAUCCUCAUCGGCCCCCCUGGCUGCAGGCUCAUCAGCCCGAACGCCACUGCCAGCUUCUCACUGUGCCCCGCCACUGCCUCCUCCUUGUCCUCGUCCUCCAAGUCGAAGGUCACGCCGCUUGUGUCAACGGCGUAACCGCCUUCCGCCCUCACCCUCGCUAGGACCUCCCCCAGCUUGGCCCGGAUGGUGAUGAUGCAUGGGUGCCGUCUGUCCGUCGCCAAGAACUCAUGGACUGCACCGUCAAUCUCAAUGAGGCUGCAGCCCGGCACUGUCCCCUCCCCCUCCACUGCCGCCAUCUUCUUCCUCACGCUGGCAGCCUCAUCCCACUGCCGCGCAGAGGCGUAGAGGUUCGACAGCAGCACCAGACUGCCACCCCGCUCGGCAGGAGGGUAGCAAGCAAGCCGGCUGGCGACGAGCUCCGCUAGGCGCACAUCGCCGUGGAUCCUGCAGGCGCUGA